ACUUUCAUGCUAUUAGUUCAUUAUGCUGUAACAAUACACCUUUCUAUCAAAGCAAAUUAGGCAUUACGCUAUCUGUGAUAUCCCAGAAUUGCAUACAUUCAUUGUUUGUUUUUCGUUCGUCUAUGCGACAUGGAAACCAAUUCAUUCACAGAGCGAUCUCCUGAGUUCGAUUCACGUUAUCUGAAGCUGUAAGGUCCAAUGUGAUUUGAUCACCAGUAGCCUGGAGUCUAUGCAUGCACUAAGCGCUGCUCUAUGACUGUGCUAGGCUACAAGAACAAUAUGAGUCGGGAAGCUCAUCAGAUAAAGUUCCAACGAAAGUGGUAAUGAACAGCGUCAACUGUAGCUUGUUGGCCGCCGCAAAGGCAACGCUGUCUUCUGUGGAUGUUGGCAAGCUAGUGCGCCUUGCCUUUGGAUCAACUGUAGAGAGAAAAAGCGCCAGAGUUCAUGGCUGCCGCUCAUACGUUUACUGCGGUAUCCGGAGAAAGAGUGAUGAUGAAGAAAGUCCAGCCAAACGUUCUUGCAUACAAGAGUCAUCAAAGGAUAUUACAUCACCGACCUCUGACCAUCUACUACGAAUUACACAAUUAGAAGCUGAGUUCAAACGUGAAAAGAAGCGCGGACAAGACUUGGAGGCUGAACUGCAACAAUCAAUUAUUGAGAGUCAAUCUAUCCAGUGGCAUCAAGUAGGUACAGAAAUUAACGCAGAGCUGAAUGCGCUACAGAGAGCUGGAGGAAUCAUGUCAACAGGUCCAGUUGAUGCAGCAGAUGCAUCUUCACUGACUGCAGACUUUAGUUUACAUAAUCUACACAGCCAAUUACUUACACACGCUCCCAAAAUUACAUCACUGCUUUCCUCGAUAGGCCAAACUGACACCACUACAGGACCAAAAGAUAUCUACAGCUUGGCAGCAGUCUGCUUACUAGCGAAGAAGGCAAGUGACAAGGGCAACUAG